AUGGAGAUGAUGCAACCUAUCCACAUUGAUCCAGAAUUAGUGAAAUUGCCUAUGAGAAAGAAAGUGAAGGUAUCAAAGGAUCUACAGAGCGUUCCAGCCAGACAUCGGAGGGAAAAAAUAAGUGAAAGGAUAAGAAUUUUUCAAAGACUUGAUCCUGGAGGAACCAAAAAGGACACAACUUCUAUGUUGGAUGAGGUUGUACACUAUGUUAAGUUUCUUAAGAAACAACUUAAAUUGUUACAGCAACCAGUUGUUGCUUGGUGUAAUGAUGAUAAUAAUAGGCCAAUGAUGUCUAGGAUGAAAGCUAUAACUACUAGUAGAGGAGGAGAUAUAGUCCUCGAGGUUGAUGUUGGGACCCUAGUUAGGUGCAGAGGUAGGGGCCGAGCUAAAGGCCAUGGUCAUGGUGCAGCAUCAGGUAGAGGUCGUACCAGAGGAGCGGCACCAGUCAGAGUCCGUGCUAGAGAGGCUUUUCUUGAGGCAUAG